AAAUGAAUCGCUGUCUUGUUCAUUAUGACACCUGCUGAAUUUUAUUAAGGUAGAGAUGUGAUGAAAAGUUGACAACAUUUCACUCGCCAGUCGUCAUCAUGCCAAAUACAAAUUGUACACACUGCCAGCAGCCAGGAAGCAGCGACGCCGAACGUCCACUUUUAGAGGAGCUGGAGAAGCAGUAUUCACCCAGCCGCUGGUCGCACAGAAUGGCGGCGGACGACGUGAUCAAGGCUCACGUCAAGGCUUUAAAAGAAGGUACGGAGCGAGCGCGUGGUCUGGCACAAACUCUACUCAAUGUUCCCUAUGGAGACGGUGAUGGCGAGAGACUGGAUGCAUAUAUUCCCACCACCGACUCUCUCGACAUGCCCCUUGUCAUCUACCUUCAUGGAGGCUACUGGCAGUUUCUUAGCAAAGAGGAGUCGGGAUUCAUGGCUGUGCCGCUCGUGGAUAAAGGUGUGGUGGUGGUUGCGGUCGGCUAUGACGUCGCCCCCAAAGGUAAUAUGGAUCUGAUGGUCUCCCAAGUGCGCAAGAGCGUUGUGUCCGUCGUCCAACAGUAUUCUCACAUCAGUGGUCUGUACCUGUGUGGCCACUCUGCCGGCGCUCACCUGGCUGCAAUGGUACUCUCCACCGACUGGUCGCAGUAUAGCGUCACGCCUCAAAUUAAAGGGGCUUUUCUUGUCAGUGGUAUCUACGACCUCUUGCCCAUCCUGUCGACCUACGUCAACGAGCCUUUGAAGAUGACAGAGGAGGUAGCCAUAAGAAACAGUCCCAACAAGUUGAUCCCUCUGCUCAAACUCUCCUCCUCCGGCUGCCAAAUCCUUGUGGCCGUUGCUGAAAAAGACUCGCCCGAGUUUUGCAAGCAGUCGGAAGAUUAUUACAAAACGUUAAAGGAAACGGGACUAAAUGUGACCAUGGAGGAUGUUCCUAACACGGACCACUUCAAUAUCAUAGAGCAACUGGUCGAUGGGGAGUAUCACUUAGUAAAGCUCCUGUUGAAGAUGAUGGGGAAGACUUAGGUGGAAGUGAGGAGACUAAUGCACCAUAUUGAUGAAUGCUACAUUUCAGGAUCACUUUGCACACAUGCAUUGUACUAACUACUGUGUAAAAGAAAAACUACAUUAGUUUUGUAUCAUAUGGUGAGAACUCGUAGGAUAAGUUGCAUUCACAGUUUUUUCUUUUGAUCACAAUCAGUGUGUGUUUGUGUGUAAUUGAUAUGAGAUGUGAACAUGGGCAAAAAUUAUCUUCAAUGUUGUUGUUUUUUGAUGGCUAUGGAGAACAGGAAAAUGUGAAUGCAUUUUGAUAUCACAUUCAGGGAUUGUUGACGUGUUGUGCACGUUUAACUUACAUGUCACAUUUUAUGCUAGUAUAUAUUGUUUGUAUGUACAGUACAGGCCAAAAGUUUGGACACACCUUCUCAUUCAAUGUGUUUUCUUUAUUUUCAUGACUAUUUACAUUGUAGAUUGUCACUGAAGGCAUCAAAACUAUGAAUGAACUCAUGUGGAGUUAUGUACUUAACAAAAAAAGGUGAAAUAACUCAAAACAUGUUUUAUAUUCUAGUUUCUUCAAAAUAGCCUCCCUCUGCUCUGAUUACUGCUUCGCACACUCUUGGCAUUCUCUCGGUGGGCUUCAAGAGGUAAUCACCUGAAAGGGUUUCCACUUCACAGGUGUGCCUUAUCAGGGUUGAGUAGUGGAAUGUCUUGCUUUAUCAAUGGGGUUGGGACCAUCAGUUGUGUUGUGCAGAAGUCAGGUUACUACACAGCAACUGUUAAAAUUCAUAUUAUGGCAAGAACCAAUCAGCUAACUAAAGAAAAACAAGUAGCCAUCAUUACCUUAAGAAAUGAAGGUCGGUCAGUCCGGAAAAUUGCAAAAACUUUGAAUGUGUCUCCAAGUGGAGUCGCAAAAACCAUCAAGCGCUACAAGGAAACUGGCACACAUGAGGACCGACCCAGGAAAGGAAGACCAAGAGUCACCUCUGCUUCUGAGGACAAGUUCAUGAGAGUCACCAGCCUCAGAAAUCGCAGGUUAGCAGCAGCUCAGAUAAGAGACCAGAUGAAUGCCACACAGAGUUCUAGCAGCAGACCCACCUGUAGAACUGUUAAGAGGAGGAAUCAGGCCUUCAUGGUCAAAUAGCUGCUAGGAAACCACUGCUAAGGAGAGGGAACAAGCAGAAGAGAUUUGUUUGGGCCAAGAAACACAAGGAAUGGACAUUAGACCAGUGGAAAUCUGUGCUUUGGUCUGAUGAGUCCAAAUUUGAGAUCUUUGGUUCCCACCGCCAUGUCUUUGUGAGACGCAGAAAAAGCGAACGAAUGGAUUCCACAUGCCUGGUUCCCACUGUAAAGCACGGAGGAGCACGUAUGAUGGUGUGGGGGUGUUUUGCUGUUGGGGAUUUAUUUAAAAUUGAAGGCACACUGAACCAGCAUGGCUACCACAGCAUCCUGCAGCCACAUGCCAUGCCUUCCGCUUUGCGUUUAGUUAACAUAAAACAUGUUUUCAGUUAUUUCACCUUUUUUUUGUUAAGUGCUUAACUCCACAUGUGUUCAUUCGUUUUGAUGCCUUCAGUGACAAUCUACAGUAAAUAGUCAUGAAAAUAAAGAAAAUGCAUUGAAUAAGAAGGUGUGUCCAAGCUUUUGGCCUGUACUCUACGUGUAUUUACCACCUAAAUAUACAAAAUAACUUUGAGUGCACUGUUUGCACAUUGCACUAUGAGUUAUUAAUGCAGCUUGUAUGAACUAGCAUUCAAAUAAAAACAUGAAAUAAUUGAUGCGUCAACAUGUGUCAAGUGCAACAAUACAGUACAGAGUGCUUUGGGCCAUGUAUAAUAGUAUUCAGAAUAUACACAUUUCUCAAAUUGCGGUAGUCGUCCCUCGCCACAUUGCGCUUCAAGUAUUGCGACUUCAUUACAUUGCAGAUUUUUUAGGGAUAUUUUAUUUUCUUGAAGCAUAUUCUGCAUAUAUUUGGGGGCCUAAUUAAGCAUUUGUAAGGUUAAGAAUAGCUCAAUGUACUAAAAAUCUCAGUACUACAGAAGUAUUGGCCACUAGAAGGGACCAAACCACUCAGAGCGCACUGAUUAGUAUCAUGGCCCCUGAUUGGCUCAGUCUGAGGCAGCAAAAUUAUAAUGAAUCAAGAGUGUGAAGAUAUUUAGAUGGUGGUUUUUCAUGUUUAAAGGGCUCUCAAUGAUGAAAAUGUAUUUAGAAGGUUAACGGUUUUAUUUAUGCUCUAGGUAUGAACAUAUUUGACUCAUAAUAACUUCUACUCAGAGGGAAUUAAUUUAUCCCGAUCAUGUCUGCAACCAAUUAACAGCAAUAAACGAGGGACGACUGUAGUGAAAAAUAACUCCGUUUUAAAAUACCUGAAGUAUUCUACAAUGAAUAUACAGUAUAACAUUGAUUUUUAUUACAUAAAUGGAUAUAAGAGCAACCAUUUGUACCCGAAAAUCCGCACAGGAGGUGUCCAAACAUUAAUUUUAGUACUAUGUGCUGCAAGCCAAUUCAAUAAAACUAACAAAUGGCCCCUGGGACACACUUUGGAGACCCAUUUUUGUACUAGCAGUAAGAAGCAUUAAUGGCACUGCUGUUCAUUUACAAUAAAACUAUAAAGGUUUGUCAUGCUGAAGUAGUGAUCCUCAAACUGGUCCGUUAUACGUGUGCUUCAUCGAGUAGUAUUCCAAAUAAUUAAAUAUUCAAACAUAGUAUUGCUGUUCAAACCAUGUGUAAUGUUACAGUGUGCAAACAUAUUAAAUAUACAUGUUAAAUAAAAACGUCUGCCUUGUUUUUAA